AGGCUCCUGAAGCCGGUGACAUGAGCGAUACCCUCGAAAAUCAAAGUCUGGAGCCCAUGGAAGGCUGCGGCCCGGAGAGCAGCAGCGCCCCAGGGACCCCUGCAGCCGCAGCGCCCCGGGAAGACGGGGAGCCUGAGGAGCCCCUGCCCGGACCCUACGGCUACAUCCGGGCCGACCUGUUCACUUCGGAGAUCUUCAAGCUGGAGCUGCAGCAUGUCCCCCGGCACGCCAGCUUCAGCGACGUGCGGCGCUUCCUGGGCCGCUUCGGCCUGCAGCCGCACAAGACCAAGCUCUUUGGGCAGCCGCCCUGCGCCUUCGUCACGUUCCGCAGCGCGGCCGAGCGCGACAAGGCCCUGCGUGUGCUGCACGGCGCGCUCUGGAAAGGCAAGCCGCUCAGCGUGCGCCCCGCGCGGCCCAAGGCCGACCCCAUGGCCCGCAAGAGGCGACUCGAGGGUGAGGCCAGGGGCGAUGGCGAGACUCCACCGGCGCCCACACAAGUCGCCGACGUGGUCACUCCGCUGUGGACGGUACCCUACGUCGAGCAGCUGGAGCGGAAGCGGCUGGAGUGUGAGCAGGUGCUGCAGAAGCUGGCCAAGGAGAUCGGAAGUACCAACCGCGCCCUGUUGCCCUGGCUGCUCUCGCAGAGGCACAAGCACAACAAAGCAUGCUGCCCGCUGGAGGGGGUGCGGCCGUCGCCCCAGCAGACCGAGUACCGCAACAAGUGUGAGUUCCUGGUCGGCGUUGGGGUAGAUGGGGAGGACAACACGGUGGGGUGCCGGCUUGGCAAGUACAAGGGUGGUACGUGCGCUGUGGCACCCCCCUUUGACACAGUGCACAUCCCCGAGGCCACCAAACGGGUGGUGAAGGCCUUCCAGGAAUUCAUCCGAUCCACCCCGUACUCGGCCUACGACCCUGAGACGUACACAGGCCACUGGAAACAGCUGACUGUGCGUACCAGCCGCCAGGGCCAAGCCAUGGCCACUGCCUACUUCCAUCCCCAGAAGCUGGACUCUGAAGAGCUGGCGGAGCUGAAGGCGUCCCUGGCGCGGUACUUCACUGAGGGGCUCGGCAAGACCAGCGGUGUCACCUGCCUAUACUUUGCGGAGGAGGGACAGCGGAAGACCCCCAGCCAGGAGGGGCUGCCCCUGGAGCACCUGGCUGGGGACCGCUGUAUCCACGAGGACCUGCUGGGCCUCACCUUCCGCAUCUCCCCCCACGCCUUCUUCCAGGUGAACACAGCAGCGGCUGAGGUGCUCUACACAGUCAUCCGCGAGUGGGCACAGCUGGAUAAGGGCAGCACGGUGCUGGACGUGUGCUGUGGCACUGGCACCAUCGGCCUGGCCCUAGCCCAGAAAGUGAAGAGGGUCAUUGGGAUAGAGCUGAGCCAAGAGGCUGUGGAGGAUGCCCGGGCAAACGCCUGUGCCAAUGAGCUGAGCAAUGUGGAGUUCCACUGUGGCAAGGCCGAGGACCUGGUGCCUACCCUGGUGAGCAGACUUGCCUCCCAGCAGCUUGUGGCCAUCCUGGAUCCACCCCGCGCCGGCCUGCAUUCCAAGGUGAUAUUGGCAGUCCGCAGAGCUGAGAACCUCAAGCGGCUCCUCUACGUCUCAUGCAACCCGCGGGCGGCCAUGAGCAACUUUGUGGAUCUCUGCAGGGCUCCAUCUAACCGCGUAAAGGGCACCCCAUUCCGGCCCAUGAAGGCUGUGGCUGUGGACCUGUUCCCUCAGACUCCGCACUGUGAGAUGCUCAUCCUGUUUGAGAGGGUAGAGCACCCUAAUGGCACUGCGGCCCUGGAGCAUGGGGACCCUGCAGCCCAGCUGCCCCCAGGGCCUCCUGAUGGCAGCCCAGCGGCCCUGGACACUACAGAGCCAGCCGUACUGGAGCAGGGUGCCUCAUGAAGACAGAAGCCCUGCCACACCCGAGGGUGCAAG